AUAUAGAACUUAGGAAACACACACCACAGCGUGUCGGGCGACAGUAUUUAGUAUACCUUCUGGAGGAUCAGCAGUACGAACAGGCUGCUCAGCUCUGUGUGAAGAUCCUCCGCAAAGACAAGGAGGCCUGGGAGGAAAUCGUGUACAAGUUCCACAAGAUACAUCAGCUCAAGGCGAUUGCUCCAUAUCUACCCCGUGGAGACCCCCAGCUUGGCCAGGCAAUUUAUGAGAUGGUACUUAAUGAGUUCCUCGUCACAGAUGAAGAGACAUACCUGAAGAUGAUUAAGGAAUGGCCUAGUUACCUGUACAAUGUGAAGACUCUUAUAAACUCCACACUUGAGCGACUUGACAGUAACCGUGGCAACAAGACGUUACUACAGGCUCUAGGGGAACUAUAUUCCUUUGAAAGAUCCUUUGACAAGGCCUUGGCUAUCUACAUCAAGCUUAAACACAAGGAUGUAUUCCAGUUGAUCUAUAAACAUGACCUGUUUGACUCCAUCAGUGAUAAAAUUGUACAACUCAUGGAGUUUGACUGUGACCAGGCUGUGGCCAUGCUGAUUGGUAACAUGACGAAAAUGUCUAUUGACAAUGUUGUGCAACAGUUGGAGAAAACUCCCCAGAAUUUAUAUGUGUACCUGGAUAAGCUGUUCCAGAAAGAUCCCCAGCUCUGCCAGAAAUACCACGGCAAACAAGUGAGACUGUACGCUGAGUAUGACAGGCCGCGGUUACUGCCCUUCCUCCGCAGUAGUAACCAUUACCCCCUCCAGAUGGCGCUGGAAGAAUGUGAGAUGAGGGACUUCAUACCUGAACAGGUGUUUUUAUUGGGUCGGAUGGGUAACAUUAAGCAGGCAUUAGAAUUGAUCACAUCAAGACUUCAAGAUGUGAACCAAGCCAUUGAGUUCUGUAAAGAUCAGAAUGAACAGGAACUGUGGGAAGAUUUGAUACAGUACAGUAUAGACAAGCCUAGUUUUAUUAAAGGCCUACUACAGAACAUAGGGACCCACGUGGACCCUAUAAUCCUCAUCGCAAAAAUACAGGAGGGCAUGCACAUUCCAGGUUUGAGGGAUUCGCUCGUCAAAAUACUACAGGAUUAUAACUUACAGAUGUCCCUCAGAGAAGGAUGUAAAAGAAUCCUGGUAGCUGACAGCUUCAAUCUGAUGGACAGACUCGUGAAAACUCACAAACGUGGAAUCUCUGUCAGCAGUAUCCAGACCUGCCAUACUUGUCAGCAGGCUGUUAUAGUGUCAGAUCUCCGCUAUGCCAGUAAUGCUGUGGUAUUUUUCUGUAGACAUGUUUUCCAUGAGGAUUGUCUACCUGCUCAUUCUAUGGAGAGUUGUCCAAUAUGUAGCAGUGCUCAGAAAAGAGGACCCGGAGCCAAGGGCUUAGGGACGUAGAAGUUAUUUAUAACUUAAAUGACUGGAUAGAAGUUAUUUAUAACUUAAAUGACUGGAUAGAAGUUAUUUAUAACCUACGUGGCUGGAUAAGAGACAGAGUAUAGGCUAUACAUAAUGGGACAACGAUUAAAACGUGUUCGGACGACUGUAAAACUGAAAUUUCAACAAGAGACAAACUCGAGAAUGUAUGUGAUAUACAAAGGCACAAUAGAAUUGUGUUGGACAUUUGUGAAUCUGGAGGAUUUAUCUUGAUAAAGUAGAUGAGGAUUUCUGUGUUUACCUUAGUUGAAGAGCACACCAUUAUACUGACUUGUGACGAAGGCAGGUUUCCUUGGAAGCUUUGACAGAGCUGUCUCUCUAUUGACUAAAAUGGUACAGGGGUUUACUCCCUUGUAGCUUAAUCGGUGCAGCAGUUUGUACCAGAUUGUGACUGGGGAUAUUUCUUUGUAGUUCAAUCAGUGAAGCAAUCUCUCAAGUAAGCCCAGUCCCACGUAUGUCUCCUAGAGGAACAAAACGGCUAACAAUUUACACUAAGGUGGACUCGUCACUAUUGGGACUUCUAGAUUUCAAAUAAAAACAGAUUGAUAUCUUCUUCAAGAGUAAAAUAAACGUCUAGCGUUGUCUGUUAACAUCAGGAGGUGAGGAACACAAUGGUGAUAACUGAAGAGAACGAUUAAAACAUAACACUCUCCCGUUUGAAGUCAUUCAAAGUAAGCUGCUUGAGUUUUCUUAAUACUGCAUAGUACAUAAUGUAUUACUUUGUUUUCAUGUUUAUAAUUAAGUGCUAAAAGCUAUCAAUAAACAUGAUCUGUUUUC